AUGUGUAAUUUAUUUAUUCCCCCAAUUCCCCCAAAACCUUCUAUUCAAUAUGGAAACAACAAAAAUUCUGUUUUGCUCGAUUGGAGUAAAGGCUUUUCACCUUUACCCUCCCAACAACCAAUAAUUAAAUUUGCAAUUUAUAUUUCACAAAAAUUUGAAGAAAAUAUUAAAAGAAGGAAAAACAAUAAUAAUUUUGUCCGUGUUUUGUCAACAAAAAAUAAUUUAACAAAUUUGGAAAUUUCUGAAUUGGAACCAAAUACUUUAUAUUCUUUUUCUGUACGUGCAGAAAACACUGUCGGAGAAAGUCAAUUUGGCCUUGAGGCUGUUUUUAGAACCUUCGGACUGCCUCCAUCCAAAUCACCGGAAAUUCGUUCUUUAAUAAAUUCAACUUCGGCAGAUUGUGUAGAAUUGGAAUGGCAACAACCGAUUAUUGAGGAUGAUGGGGAGGAGUCUACGAGUGAUUCGAUUCUUGGCUAUAGAAUUAUUGUAAACAAAUUGGAUGGGACUAAUUUAAAAGAAAUUUAUGCAAAAGGCUCAAAUACCCAAAAACAACUUGUAUGUUCUUUGGAACCCUUUACUGAUUAUUCUCUUACUUUGGAGGCCCACAAUUUAUUUGGAUAUUCUAAAGCUACCAAAACAUCUUUUAAAACUGAACAGAGUAUUCCAAAUGGUCCACCUUUAUCAGUACAAGUUCUACCUUUGCCUGGAGGCACUUCUCUGUCUCUAAAUUGGCGGCAACCUGAAAAAACUAAUGGAAUAAUUCGUGCAUAUUUAAUACAUUUUAAGGAAAUGUUUUCUCAACGACCUUUAAGACAAAUCCGGUUAGAAGCUAAAAAUGAAGAGGAGAAGGAUGGAGAAUUGUCUAAUCAAAAUCAAUUAAAACAAUCUUCGAGUAAUACAGUGUUUGCCUUCAAUCUUACAAACCUAUUAUCAAAUAGCCGCUAUAAAAUUCAAAUUUCUUCAGUUACUGAUAAAGGCGAGGGUCCUAAAAGUGAACCUAUAAUUGUUGAUACUGACAUUGCUGGUUAG